UAUCUUGUUAAUAUUGUGCUUAGUUUAAUAAUAAAUUGCGAGUAAUCUUUGUCUUCGCCGGAAUACAAUUUUAUAUGUUGACUACGGUGUCUAUUAAAUAAACAACUCGGUGAAUAUGUAAAUGCAAACCGUGCGAACUGUAUAGAGAUGCAUUUGCGUAAAAAAUCAAUUUUAUGGAAGGGAAUAUCCUUCACGCGACUGUAUGUAAAACCGAAGCCCUCGAUCAUAGCAACCUUUCCUCAAUAAAACUUUACUCCUCAUUAUGUCAAUUUCUUCCUUGAUCAUUUAAACAAGUAACGAAGAAAAAUGGAUGAGAAUCAGACAAUAGAACAGAUGGGUACUAAGAGCUUGAGACUUGUUCAUCAGUUCCUGAUAGAACACAAUUUCGAAAAUACGGCCGAUGCAUUGAUGGUAGAAGCAACUAUAAAAGGUUUCAAAGAUUUUAAAGAAGACUCCAAGUCCGAAGAUGGGAUUUAUGAAAAUUAUUAUGAACAAUUAAUGUCGAGCUAUGAAACUGGAGACUGGCGAACAUUUUUUAAAUUAUGGAACCUCUUGGUACCUGAAGAUGCCAAGCAAACAAAAGCUUGGAAAACUUUGAUGUUACAUUUACACGUGUGCUUUGCGACGUUCCCUAAACGCGUAUCAAUAUCAGAUUGGUAUAGAAAGAAUGAUAAAGCACAUUCAGAUGAGGCUGAUUCUGUGACAACACAAGAUGUCGAGUACGAAGAGAAUUUUAUAACCGAAGUACAGAAGACUGUGAACGAGGGUAUGGAACAGUUACGGAAAUUCCUGAGUACAGUAGGCAAAGAGUUAGAGAAUGACGCUGAGCUGAGACCUUACUUUGCACUACCAUUCAUUGAGGACCCACAAGCAGAACCAUUUCUUUCCAGAAUAUUUGAAAAGAGCUGGUCAGACAAACUGACAGAAAACUUGGUGCUCUUUCUUAAAACGUACAGGCAACAACGUUUUAAUGACACAAGAUCUAUCGAUGGAAGUUCAAAUUACACAACUCUAUCAGAGGGUCUAAAGAAAGACACGAAAAAGAUAAUUAGACCAAUCAUACCAAAUGAUAGAAACGUUCCAAUCUUUCUAGAAGAUGCAGACACCGAAGAUCAAUGCAAUUUGUGCGACGAAGCAAAAUACACACAAAAAUCAAAAAGUAUACAAACUGUAUCAGUAAAUUCUUCAGAAGAAGAAGUGUAUUCAUCACAAUUCACUAAGAAAAAUAAGAAACUAAUGCAAUGCACCCAAGACUUAGCAGUAGCAAAGUCUCAUUUGUGUAGCGUUCAUUCCAACUAUGAGAAAUUGAAAACGAGGUUCCAUAAGCUGCACACUGAUUAUCAUAAGCUGAUGAGUAUCGCAAGAGUCUUGACCAAUGCACUGGAAAAUUCAGUGAAAGGGCAAGCUGUUGAUUUUCAAGCGAUGUUAGAAACUUGCAUUAAAAUCUUUCCAGACUUGUUCAAUCAAAAUAUAAAAGACAAUUCACAUUGUUCUUCGGAAUUACUGUUAGAUAAAUCACGUUCCAAUAUGUCGAAACAAUAUUCCCCAUCAUAUACGACGUCUAUCUCCCCGAAGUUAUUAGAUUUCAAGAAAAUAAAAUUGCAUUUAAUUAACGGCAAUAUAAAAACAAAAUUAUUCCUUUUGCAAGCGUUACGAAGGAAAAUAACGUUUAGCCAACCCGAAGAGAGAGAUGAAACGGUGCACGAGUACAUAAGCAAAGACUUGCUAGGACUUCACAGUCAAAUAGCUAGCUACAAAGGGAAAUCCAUCCUGCCGCAUCUAUUAACUCCGCAAAACUUUAUCAUACCGCAUCCCUUGCAACAAUCGAUUAUGAGAUUGCUGAACGCUUUAGCAUCUUUUAGAUGCGGGAGGGAUUAUCUGUCCUUCGACUCUACAGUCGUCGACAUGGUGUUCAAGUGUUUAAACAGUGUCAGCGAUAAUAACAUCGACACUUUAACUUGCAACAUGAUGAUCGCGAUGCUCCAAAAAUUAUCGUUACGCAAACAGCAGAGGAUUUACAUGAUCGAGAACGGAUUAGUAGAAUGGUUGAUUCAUCAUCUGCACGAUCAGUGUCGUGUCAUGGAUUCUUAUCGAUUAGAAUACGCUACAGCCCUCCUAAUGAAUUUAUCGUUACACAAGUCAGCGAAGAAAAGAGCGUCAGCGAUGGCCUCAUUACUCAUCCCAACGUUAAUCGAGUUACUCUUAAUGGAUCAUGCAUCGGCAUUGCCGUACAUUAAUGGGGCUUUAACUAAUUUCUUAAUGAAUCACACGAUCAACGAUGAGGCGAAAAAAAUGAAACUUUCGUCUGUGGUAGAACAAUACAGUAAAUAUAAAUCUGGUGAAAUUAGGAAACAUUUGGAACACAUAUUGAAAAUACACACGGGUGAGAUCAUUAUUAAAACUGAGGACGAUGAAAUGACUGAUAACGAUAACGACGAGUUCGAUGUACUGGAAAGCCAGUUAGAAGAGAACGAUCCGGUAAAGAAUAAUUACGGAGAGUUGUGCGGAGAAUUAUUGUUGGAGUCCUGUUACACGAUUUUACCGAAAACAAUUCAGAAGAAAGAAGUGAUUCCAGAUGCAUCGAUGUUUCCACUUUAUAGAACAGAAAUGACAGAGACGUCAGCGCAAAACGAUCAAACGAAAGAUUUGAGUUGCGAGUCAGUGACGCACGAAAAAGUUUUCCAAAGGGCCAGUAGCAAAACGACAAUGGUAUCCUCGAUGCUCUUAGAAAUCGGAAGCGAAGCCGAAUCAACUGUAAUGGAGAAACUGAGCAGUAUAGCGUCACUGCACAUUGACAAUAACGAAAAUGGUUCUAAAGAAACAAGACUCGAGACGGAAGACGCAUUUGUCGCAAAGCCGAAGCUUGCACGAACCCCGCCAUGAUGGAGAACGAGCCCGUGUAUACGAUUACCGUAGUUUUAUUUUAGA